UUGUGGCAAUGCGUUCAAUUCGCAAAAAAACUUGUAAUUGUUGGCGAUGGUGCUUGUGGCAAAACGUGUCUCUUAACGGUCUUCUGCAAAGAUAAUUUCCCAUUGGAUUAUGUGCCGACAGUCUUCGAAACAUAUGUGGCAGACGUUGAGGUUGAAGGAUCUCAGGUGGAAUUGGCGCUAUGGGACACAGCUGGUCAGGAGGAUUACGAUCGCUUAAGGCUACUGAGCUAUCCUGAUACCGAUGUUAUUGUCAUGUGUUUCUCCAUCGAUCUGCCCGAUUCAUUGGAAAAUAUUCAAGAUAAAUGGAUACCAGAAGUCAAACAUUUCUGCCCCAAUGUUCCCAUCAUUUUGGUGGGCAAUAAACGCGACUUGCGCUACGAUCAUGAAACCAUAAAGGAAUUGGCAAUGAGAAAGCAAAUGCCUGUCACAGCUGACGAAGGACUCACAAUGGGCGAAAUUGUUAAUGCCUUUGCAUAUUUAGAAUGUUCUGCAAAGAUGCAGGAAGGUGUUCGAGAGGUCUUUGAAACAGCGACUAGGGCUUCAUUGCAGGUCAAUAAGAAAAGAAAGAAAAGGAAAUGUGUGCUGCUUUGAUCACGAGUAUGUUUUUAAAAGUUAUAAAUCGAUAUGAUCAAUCAUAUAAAACGAUCAUAAUAUUUACAUUUUUAUGUUGAGCGGUUUACAAAUGUAAAAGUGACGUUCAAAUUAAAUUAGAUUAAAAGCGAAAUAAAUCAACUAUUUUGGGAAAUUUAUUUAUUUUUAAAUUUUCCCAUUACCUGAACAUUUUAAAAUUGUGUUC